AUGGCGUCGUCGCCGCCCCAAAAUAAGCGUAAACAAAGAGACAGUGGAAAUGACGAAGGAAGAAAACGCUUAAAAGUGGACGAAAAUAUGCUACAGGAUAUUAUAAAAAUGGUGCGUAAAAAUAAGAAUAGCAGAAUUGAACUUACGCCGCAAGUAAUAGUUGACAUUGCACAAAUGGCCAAAGAUAAUAUAAAACAAUUACGACGCAAUAAGAAGGGAAAACGUGCACAUUAUCGGAUCGAAGCUCGAGAUAUUGCCGAAAUAGCUGAAUUGGUGAAAGAAAAUCGUAAAAAAAUAAAAAAAAAAAUAUUUCAUGUUAAACAAAUAGCGGGACAUCGUCGUUGGGGUUAUAAUGAGUAUGUAUAUGAUGUCAAAAUCGGUCCCGCUAAUACAAGCACAUUACCGGCUUUUUUGAAUAGUUUGCGCGAGGUUUUUAAUUACUUAAUUAACAUCAUGAAGUAUAUAGCUAGCACGCCAACGGAUAAAGCACGUUUCUAUAUUUCUAAGGCGCCGAUGCGUGCUUUUUCAACGGCAAUUCUGAAUGUUUGUGAUUUUAAUGCGGAUUUGUUUUUUGACGUUUUUGAACGUCACAUGCAAAGUAAUGCGGAGGUGAUUAUUAAUGAGGGCUGGCAAUCGACGAUAAGUAUUUUUAUCUUUCCUAAUAAUUACGUUCCGCGCACAAUAAAACGAAAGAAAAAAAAUCCGAAAAUGUACGCGUAUUUGAUGAAAAAACCGAAUGAAUUUGGUAGGGGUCGUAAAAAAACGGCAACCAAGCAUGGUCGCGAUGUUCGGCAUGGGGUGUUUCAAAUUGUGGGUGUAACUAACUGUUGCUUUGCUUAUGCUUUAUGUGUUGCACGGUCCUUUUUACACAACGACGAAAAUUGUAAAAAAUUGAAACUUAACCCCAACACAACAUUGACAACUUUAUACGAAAACGAACAAAUACACGACAUGUACAAACGCUGCGGUGUGGCUCGGGGGAAAGUGCGUGUGGCGGAUCUGCAUUUGUUUUACGAACGUAUACUGGCGAAAGAAAAUACGGAAUUAGUUGUUUUUUCAAAAACUCAAAACGAUACGGUGGUUUACGAUUCGCGUGUAAAUCGAGACGGUCAUGUUUUACGUGUAAAUGAAAAUAUUAUUUAUUUGUGGUUAAACGACCAACAUUACGAUGUCAUUCUUUCGCCCAACACUUUUUUAAAAUUACAGGGUUUUUGUUUUAAGUGUAUGCGGCAUUUUCAGCGUGCCGAGACGGUAACAAACCAUGUUUGUCGGGGUAUGUAUACGUGCCCCAAUUGUUAUUCGCCGAAUGCGCUUUGUCCUAACGAGGGGUUAAAUAAAAAAUGUCCCUUGUGUGACGUAAUCUUUCAGAAUGCCGCGUGCUAUACGCGUCACUUACAAAAUCGGGUAUUCCCCGUGGGUCGACGUCACGAAACACCGUGUCAGCAUAUGUUUUUUUGUUCGACAUGUUACAAGCGGGUACCCCGACUAGUUCAAAUUAACGGUAAAAAACGAACGAAACAUAAAUGUGACGAAAUGUAUUGCUCUCAUUGUCAGGGUAUUCGGAAAAAAACGCAUGAAUGCUAUAUGAAAACGUGUCGAAUACAUGGUGACGUACAGCACCCCACAUUAUUUUUUUUUGAUUUUGAAACACGGAAAGAUGACGAGGGCUAUAUGAUACCGUUUUAUUGUGUAGUGCAGAAAGUAUGUGUACAAUGCGAUGAAAAACCGUUCGAGAAAAUAAAAGAGGCUUUUGAACCCGUGCCCGACGAACCACAUGCAGACGCUUCCGUACAACCGGUUAUCUGUUGCGGCUAUAGACAGUACGUGUUUGAAAAAAACAAUGCGUGUAUCACUGCGGAUCUUGUUGAUUUUAUGUACGCACAAGAACGUAACAGUGUCUGGGUGGCACAUAAUGGCGGACGAUUUGACACUAUUUUCUUAUUACGCGAAUUGCUUAUCGAACGAAAUGUUGUACCGCAAACAAUUAUGAACGGGAAUAAAAUCAUGUGUAUGGAGAUCGAAGAGCGAAAUUUAAAAAUACUCGACAGUUUUUUAUUCAUGAGCAUGGCACUUAGUAAAUUUCCCGAAGCAUUGGGUAUUCAAAAUAUUGCCAAGGGUUUUCAUCCCUACCACUUCACCGAUUUGACAUAUGUAGGUCCCAUGGUGGGUUUAGAAUAUUUUGAACCCCCCGCUGAGGGUACUCCUGAGCGUACCAAAUUUGAUAAAUGGUAUAGAGUACAGUGUUUGAAAACGUAUAUUUUUAAAGAGGCGAUUUAUUAUUAUUGUCGUUUAGACGUGGAUAUUUUACGUCAGGGUUGCAUAAUCUUUGCACGUUUAAUAAAAAAUAUUACGGGUGUUUUUCCUUUUUAUGACAAAACAUGUCACACUAUAGCCGGGUUGGCAUUGAAAAUAUACCGUAGUAAUUUUCUUGUGAAAGACACCAUCGGUCAGAUUCCCGCAAAAGGGUAUGGGACACAAGUUAAACAGAGUGUAAUAGCGCUGUAUUGGUUACGUGAGGUUGAAAAUGAAUUAGCUGAAAGUGAUUAUUUUUUACAAAGUAAUCUAUCCGUGGACGGUGAAACACAGAUCAUGGGUCGGUAUGUUGACGGCUAUUGCGAAUCAACGCGUACGAUAUAUCAAUUUCACGGGUGUUUUUAUCACGGGUGUCAACAAUGUUACGAGGGUGACGAAUACAAUAAGGUGUUGAAUGAAACCUAUUUUACAUUGCGUGAGCGUACAAGACGUACGGAGAAAAUGUUUAAAGAUGGUGGUUAUAGGGUUAUCACUAUGUGGGAGUGCGAUUACAUGCGUACAAACAAGCUAAGCAAAAAAACGAUAGAUUGUUUAAGACACCGUGAUUUUUUCAUUAAUGUUCACUUAAAUCCAAGGGAUGCUCUUUUCGGGGGGCGUACGUCACCGGCACGUUUAUACUUUGAGUCGACAACUGAAAAAGCUUUUUACGGAGAUUUUACAUCCUUAUAUCCGUAUGUCCAAAAAAAAAAUGUUUAUCCGACACGUCACCCAACCAUCGUGCGGGGAGAAAUGGCAUGUGAUAAGAUACCCAUUGCAACCGUUUUUGGGUUAAUUAAAUGCCGUAUUGCCACCCCCGCACGUUUAUUAUUUCCCGUUUUACCGUUUCGUGCUGGGGGUAAAUUAACAUUUCCGUUAUGUGCCACGUGCGUUUCGACGCAUAGUGACGAAUGUACGCACGAUGAAGAUCAACGUGCUUUGUGGGGUACGUGGACAAGUAUUGAAGUACAAAAAGCUUUACAACACGGCUAUAAAAUCUUAAACGUGUACGAGAUUUAUCACUACGAAACGCGGGAAAAAAUAUUCGACACGUAUGUCGAUACGUUUAUGAAAUUAAAGCAGGAAAGUAGCGGGGUACCUAAAAAAUGUCUGGAUAGCUCGGGGAAUGUCGAUUCCGUUUUACUUAAUCGUUAUAUUGAAGAAUAUCGUGAACAUGAAGGGGUUCAAUUAGAAGCGGCAAAAAUUGCCUAUAAUCCUGGUCAACGAACAGUUAUGAAAGCACUUUUAAAUUCUUUAUGGGGGAAAUUAGCCCAAAAUGAAGAUGCGACCGUUGUGUCGUUUGUGGAUAGUAUAAAUGAGCUAUUAACCAUGGUCAACGAUAACACCGUGGAAGUAACCUCGAUGGAUUUUAUUAGCGAUACUAUUGCGCGUACAACACACCGUAAAACCAAUUCCCUAAUUACGUUGGCAAAUCGUAAUGUGAUUAUCGCGUCGUUUGUGACCGCCUAUGCCCGGUUGGAAUUGUUUGAAGUUUUGCAUAAAUUAGGUGACAGUGUCAUGUAUUACGACACCGAUUCGGUUAUUUAUGUGGAAAAUAAAGCAAAGGGGCAAACGUUGGCCACGGGGGAAUAUCUGGGGGACAUAACUGACGAAUUGUCGGAAAAAAAUUGCACUGAAAAAUGGAUCGAACAAUUUUGUACGGCGGGACCCAAAUCCUAUUCGUUCCGUACCAAUUUGUAUAUGCGUACACAUGAGGAUGGUCGACAAACAUUAGAACGCGACGAAAUUGUGCAUGUAAAAGGUUUCUCGUUAAAGGGGGAUACGAAAAAAAAAAUUACGUUUGAUACACUAAAAAAAUGUGUUGGUGAUCAUGGUUGCGAAAUCGAAACCAGUUACACGGAAUUUACGCGGUCAAAUAAUCAAACAAUUAAUGUGCAGGAGGGCAAAAAAAAAUUUCGUUUUACUUUCGAUAAACGCGUUGUCCUAUCCGAUUUUACUACGCGACCUUUUGGUUAUGUUUUGUGAUUUUUUUUGUAGGCCGGCGAGAUACAUUGUUGUACAAUACCGCUUCAACACCCCUUUAUGAUGACGCUGUGUGGGCCAACACAAUGUGGUAAAACACGUUAUAUAACAGACAUCAUAAAAAACAAUGACGAACUAAUUGAACCGCCUGUGGACAAAUUACUUUACUUGUACACUGUAUACCAACCGGCUUACGACGACAUACAAAAACACAUACGGGACAACGCCGCCACAAAUGCACUGAAGACGUGUGAAUUUGUAGAUUGUUCGGGCGGGAUCUUAUCCCUAGAUGAGGUGCGCGUAAAGUUGGGUAAAGCAACAUUACUUGUUCUCGACGAUUUAAUGGUUGUAGCUAACGCAAAUCGAACAAAUCUUGAAAAUUUAGAUAAUUUAGCGUCGCGUGACAGUCAUCAUACAAACACCUCCGUCAUUUUUGUAUGUCAAAGUUUAGCCUACGGAAAUGGGCGGCUACGAAAUUGUCGCGUGAAUAGUCAAUAUCACACGGUAUUUAAUAGUUUGACAGACUCUAGAGAUAUGGAAAUGAUUGCUAGCAAUAAAAAAAUACCGUUGGCGCGUAUGCGUAAGAUUGUCAACGACGUCGGUAAAACACAGCAUGGUUACGUGUUGUUUGACGGUUCACCCCGAGGUUACGCCAAUUCGCGUAUUCGUACGGGGAUAUUUCCACAAGAUCACACUGUGGUUUAUGACGUCGGUGACGAAAUUAAUUAA